CAGUUGCAAGAUGGCCGACACCUUGACGUAUUGUUUUGAGGACGGCGAGUUGUUUAGUUAGUGUACAUCUAUGAGCCAACCCGUUAGUCCAGGCGUAUUUUCUUUCGCUAAACUGAAUUACACCGAGUUUUGCACGUAUUUUCCACACUGUAAUGGGUGACAAAGUUUGCUGCCUGUCCAGGCCUUAAUUCUUUCACACUUCUCGUAUUUCCAGCAACUCACUGACUGUUGAUUAAACAUUUAUCGUUCUAAUUUUCUUUGAGGCAGUCAAGGCGGAGUUUAUGACGUCAAAGAGGUAGUACAGGUAAGACUUUGAACACGGAAGGAAAUAUAACAAAGGACAAUUACUGCAAAGUGGUAUCAUGGGACAUAAAACCACCAAAGAGGACGUUGAGAGACAGUUCAAUGAUGUCAUUUCAAGAUUGCAGUCCAAGCAGUUGUUCCAGUCUGAAUGGGACUUUGGCUUUGCUGUUGUCUUAUUGGUCUUUAUUGGUUUGAUCCUACUUAUGGUCCUCCUGGUCCUCAUUCGGUGCUGUUGCUGCUGCUGUGAUGAAAAGCCUAAACGUCAUAAAGUUGGAAUAGACAACAUGUCUUUGGAACCAUGACAGCUGAACAACAACCUGGAGAGUUUUCAUCAACUCUUGUGCUAAACAUUUCAAAAUGUGAUUUCACUGCUUUCACACCCAAUUAAUUCUUUAUUUGCUCUUGUGAAUUUCAAUAAUUGUUGUACCUGAUAUGGGUUCAUCUCACAAAAUACAGUUACCCAUAGUUUUGAUUGCACUUCAUUUGAUUUGCUUUUAGUACUGAAAAUGCUGUGAUUGUUUCAU